AUGACUUGGUCUCCGUCCUGGCUCUUGGCCGCGGUCCUGGCGACCACGGCCGCAGCGCACUCUCACAUCGCCUAUAUCACCGUCAACGGGCUCGAAUACCCGGGCUACACCCCCCAGCUCGGGCCAAACAACUCACCCGAGACCGUAGGCUGGGCGCAGACCGCCGUCGACGACGGGUUCGUCCCUCCCUCGAACUACACCUCGCCCGACAUAAUCUGCCACAGGGACGGGACGCCGCCGCGGGCACACAUCCCCGUGUCCCCAGGCGACAAGAUCCACAUGCAGUGGAACGGGUGGCCGGCGUCGCACCAAGGGCCCAUCCUCUCCUACCUAGCCCCCUGCGACGCGACCAAUACCAAGAACGCCGACGGCUGCGCGAGCGUGGACAAGACACGGCUCGAGUUCACCAAGAUCGACGACUCGGCGCCCGUCUUCCUCAACGACAGCGGCGGCCCGCCCGGGUUCUGGGCCACCAACACCCUCAUCGCCAGCAACAACAGCUGGCUGGUCGGGCUGCCGACGACCCUCGCCCCUGGCGCGUACGUGCUGCGCCACGAGCUCAUCGCGCUGCACUACGCGAACAGGACGGACGGGGCGCAGAACUACCCCCAGUGUGUUAACCUGUGGGUAACAGCAUCGGCCGGGGCAAAACAGAGCACUGUUGCCAGGUCAUUUUGGGAUCGUGGCCUCGGGGCCAUCAGGAAGAGGGAGAAGGGACACCUCGCGACGGAGAUGUACCACGCCGACGACCCGGGAAUCAAGAUUGACAUAUAUGAGUCGAUGACGACGUAUCAGAUUCCAGGUCCUACGCUGGCUAGCGACGCGAGGCCCAUCCCUGUGGCGAGCCAGUCGAAUAUGUUGCCAAGGGCUGCUGGGACUCCCGUUAUUGUGUCGGGGACAACGGCCUUUCCUUUCCCAAAGGCAACGGACAGCCUCUGA